UCUUUCAUGGACGGAGCUGCUGCUGAAUCCAUUGCUGGAUUGUCUUUAACUAAUGCUAAUUAUGAAGAGGCAAUUGUUAUUUUGAAAUCAAGGUUUGGGAAUAAACAGCAAAUUAUAAAUCGACAUAUGGAUAUUCGGUUAAAUCUUCCAUCAGUUAAUUCUGAAAACAACCUGAAGGGUUUGCGCCAACUUCAUGAUACGGUGCAAUCACACAUCAGAAGCUUGAAAUCUAUGGGAGUAGCCCCUGAAUCUUAUGGUAGUCUUCUUUCUUCAAUGUUAAUGUCGAAGCUACCAACAAAUCUACAGCUGGUUGUUAGCAGAGUGGUUAAGGAAAACGAAUGGAAUUUGGACAAACUAUUAAAUACCUUGCAGCAAAAGUUAGAAGCCAGGGAGAGAAUUAAAGUACCUGCAAUCAACAAGGAUUUUAAGAAAUAUCACGGUUCAGUCUCAGCAUUGAUGGCCGGUACUAAUCCAAGUUGUACUUACUGCAGGGGGUCCCACCCAUCAAAAGACUGUACAACUGUGACUAGUCCUGCUACUCGUCAAGAUAUUUUACGGAAGACGGGGAGAUGUUUUGUGUGCCUAAGAAAGGAUCAUAUCAGUCCAAAUUGCAAGUCAACAAUACGGUGCUACUCGUGUAAGGGGCGACAUCAUGUUAGCAUAUGUAAGGGUAAGAAGCCACCUCCACCACCUCCUAGGGACCCUCCUGAGGGACAUGGGCAACGCGGAUCCAACAAGUCAAAGGAAAGUCCUAGUUUGGGAACCCAUCCUGACGCAACUGUCUGUCACACGACCUCAUCGAACUGUGUCCUUCUCCAAACCGCAAGAGCAAAUAUAUAUAACCCAGAUAAUCCUAAUGGUCCCAAGGUCAAUGCGAGACUAAUCCUGGAUGGCGGCAGUCAGUGCUCGUACGUCAGCAGUGCACUGACGGGAACUCUCGGUCUGCAGUCAAAGGGUCAAAGGUCGGUAAACAUAAAAACAUUUGGCUCUAGCGAGACUAAUGCUCAAGUGGUGAAUCUUGGGAUAGAAACUUCCUAUGGAGCAAACAUUGAAAUGUUAGCAUUUACUGUGCCAUCAAUUUGUCAGCCAUUAAAGAACCAAUUCGUGUCAAAUGCUAGCAAGACCUACCCUCAUCUCGCCAACCUCCACCUAGCUGAUUACUCAUCUGGUCAACACGAUGCGAAAGUGGAUAUCCUGAUCGGUUCAGAUCAUUACUGGAAGAUCGUGACCGGGAAAACCAGACAAGGAGAUAGUGGUCCGACUGCCAUUCAAACGAGGCUUGGUUGGGUUCUCUCUGGGCCUGUUGGAAACGAACCGCGGCAAUUAACCCACACCAGCAAUCUUGCUACAAUCCACACCCUCAAAUGUGCCUCCGAAGAAGUUGAGUGUAAGAAUGAUGUCCUUGUACAAGAACUGAAGAGAUUUUUGGACUUAGAAACUCUCGGCAUUCAACCACAGUGUGUGUACGAAGAAUUCCUAGAAAGCAUUAAGUAUGAAAAUAAUCAUUAUGUGGUCAAUUUUCCAUGGAAACCUGAUCAUGCUGAACUGCCUGAUAACUAUGAUCUUAGCAAGAAACGUCUAUUAGGGUUGCUGAAGCGACAGCGUAAUGAGCCAGAAGUCCUUAAGGAAUAUGACAACGUGAUAAGAGUUCAGCUUAACAAAGGAAUCGUGGAGUGUGUGCCCGAGCCAAAUGAAGGAGCCAAGAGAGUGCACUAUUUACCUCAUCACGCAGUUAUCCAUCAAGAUAAAGCAACAACCAAAUUGCGAGUAGUGUACGACGCCUCGGUGAAGUCAAGAGGACCUUCGCUUAAUGACUGUCUGUAUAGUGGUCCCUCGCUGACUCAGAACAUUGUUGACAUCAUGCUAAGGUUCCGUGCAUACAAGGUGGCCUUAACGGGAGAUAUCGAGAAGGCCUUUCUCAUGAUUCAUGUAGCAGAGUCUGAUAGGGAUGCAUUGAGAUUUUUGUGGUUCGAUGAUAUACACAGCCCAAACCCUAAGAUUAUCCCAUGUUGAUUCACCAGAGUAGUGUUUGGCGUAUCCUCCAGUCCUUUUCUACUAAACGCCACGGUCAAACACCACAUCGAGCAAUACCGGGAAGAUGACCCUAGUUUCGUGGAAGCUGUUCUGAAUUCGAUCAAUGUGGAUGAUCUUAUUUCUGGAGGUGAAAAUUUGGACAAUGCAUUCAAACUCUAUGAAGAUUCAAGGAGCCGAUUGGCAAAGGCUAACUUUAAUUGGUGAAAGAUAACCACGAACUCUAAAGAACUCCAAGAGCGGAUAUGUAAAACCAACCAACUAGUGACAGUGAACAAUGUACCUGACGGAAGCAACAUAGCCAGAGCUGAUAUAUUGUUUCAAGAACUUUGUCUGGCGAAGGGUGACUGGGACCAUCCACUUGAAGGAACACUGAAAUGCAACUGGCAGAAAUUAGUUGAAAACCUAAAGGAGGUCCAACCUGUUAUUAUUCCGAGAUGCUAUAUUUCUGACAUACACGAGCAAGUUGUAUCCUACGAGCUUCACGGGUUUUGCGAUGCCUCUAUCAAAGCAUAUGCUGCCGUAGUAUACCUCAGAAUCAUCACACCAAAUGCCUCUUAUGUCCAGUUGGUGAUAUCGAGGGCAAGAGUGGCACCCUUAACUAAACAAACGAUCCCAAGGUUGGAGUUACUGUCAGCGCUCUUGCUUGCCAGAUUAAUGAACGUUACUCAGAAAGCCCUGAAGUCUGUGAUUGAAAUCUCGAAGGUGCAAUGCUGGACGGAUUCUAAGGUUGCAUUAUAUUGGAUUACGCAGUAAGAGAAGGAAUGGAAACAAUACGUACAGAGUCGAGUGGAAGAGAUUAGAGCGCUGGUUCCUGUAGAGUAUUGGAGUCACUGCCCAGGUGCAGAAAACCCCGCAGACAUUCUGUCACAGGGUAUCCUGCCUACUCAACUAGCAUCAUCUACAUUGUGGUGGUCUGGCCCAAAAUGGUUGUCCGCCACAGAGAGCCCUGCUAAAGAGAACAUUGAUAACGAUGUUGUACCUAUAGAGUGUCGAAUUGAGAUGAAAGUCAAGGACCAGAGAGCUUUAGACAAGGAGACACUUUCAACGAUGUUAGUGCAUGGAUCGAAAGAUUCCAUAAGCAAUGUUAUUAACUGUAAGGACGACAGUAGCCUGGGUCGUUUGCUGAGAGUAUCCGCUGUUGUCUUGAAGUUCAUCAAGCUGCUAAAAUCGAGAGUUAGACAGGAAUAUCCUCCAACAAACUCGGAAGUUACAAGCAGUGACAUCGAAUUUCGAAUUAGCUCGAGUUCUAUGGAUCAAGGAACUGCAGGAGGAAAUAAAGUUGAACGAGAAAUUCAAAUCCUGGAACCGAGACCUCGGUCUGUUACUGAUGAAAAUGGAACCGUCCGAUGUAAGGGACGACUAUCUAACUCGAACUUGCCAUAUUCAGCAAAGUAUCCAAUCCUGUUAGAUACGGCUCAUUACCUUACCACGCUAAUCGUACGGGAUUGUCACGAGCGGGUAAUGCAUGGAGGAGUAAGGGCAACAUUGACAGAACUUCGGUCGAAAUUCUGGUUAGUGUGUGGAAAGAACUUUGUAAGAAAACUCCUCUUCAAUUGUUCACCUGCAAGAAGCAAGAUGGUAGAGCAUACAAGGCACUUAACUCUCCGCCAUUGCCGUAGUUUAGAGUAAAGGAAGCACCACCGUUUACGUACGUUGGCUUAGACUACGUCGGUCCUUUAUAUGUGAAAUCUACGAACGAUUUAGACGAGAAAGCAUGGAUUUGUUUGAUUACCUGCUGUGUUUCUAGAGCAGUACAUCUCGAAGUUGUUCCCAACAUGACAUCACAAGCCUUCUUGAGGAGUUUCAGGAGAUUUACGUCACGACGUGCGACGCCAUUGCUUGUCGUUUCGGACAACGCGAAAACCUGUAAGGAUGUGUCCAAAGAGUUAAUGACACUCAUGCGUGAUCCUCAAGUGAAGAAAUAUUUCUUGCAGCAGCGAAUGCAGUGGUUGUUUAAUCUGGAGAAAGCCCCGUGGUGGGGAGGUUUCUUUGAACGGCUUGUAGGAUCAUUGAAACAAUGUUUGAAGAAAACCAUCGGAAAGCCAAGGUUGUCUUAUGACGAGCUAGUUACAGCUGUCACGGAAGCAGAAUUGAUCCUGAACAGUCGACCUUCAUCCUAUGUAUCCUCCGAGGACGUCGAGGAACCCCUCACCCCAGCCCAUCUUCUGAGCGGAAGACGGAUCCUGAGUUUACCUGAUCGUCAUCAAGAGAACCCUGAAGAUGAAGAUUUUCAAGUCGACCUAUCGACGAAUGACCUCAACAAACGAGUUCGCUAUCUAAAUGACAUUAUUGAUCACUUUUGGCGAAGAUGGCGAAACGAGUAUUUGGUAGAGCUGAGAAAUGCACAUAAGAGUCCUAAGAAAACAGUAGAGAAAUCUUCUGUGGAAGUUGGAGAUAUAGUACUAGUUCACGACGAGAACCAUCCGCGUAGUUUCUGGAGAAUUGGAAGAAUAAAGGAACUUGUCAAUAGCACGGCUGAUGGGAAAUCGAGAGGUGCAGUUGUACAAGUCAUGAGCAAGAAAGGGAAAGUUACUACAUUAAGGUGUCCAUUACAGCUGUUAUAUCUUAUGGAGAUUAACUGUAAACUUGCGAAAGAAGAAGUACAAUCAGAACAAGAGAAUGGUGCUCAGGAGUCAACUGAAUCCGAAAGACUAAGAAGAAGAGCGGCGAUCGCAGGUGAACUGUUGAUAAGACAUUGGAUUAAGGACAUGAACCAGGUUUAG